AUGGGUGCUACCGUUCCUACCAACGACCAGAUCAUGGUCCCCGAGACCCUUCUCAAGAAGCGCAAGUCUCAGGAGAAGGCUCGCGCUGAGCGCUCCGACGCCGUUGAGAAGAAGAAGGCUGCCAACAAGGAGAAGCGUCAGGUCAUCUUCAAGCGUGCUGAGAAGUACGUUCAGGAGUACCGCGAUGCUGAGCGUGAGAAGAUCCGUCUUCACCGCGUCGCCAAGUCCGAGGACUCCGCUUACGUCGCUGCUGAGGCUAAGCUGAUCUUCGUCGUCCGUAUCAAGGGUAUCAACAAGAUGCCCCCUAAGCCCCGCAAGAUCCUUCAGCUCCUCCGUCUCCUCCAGAUCAACAACGGUGUCUUCGUCAAGGUCACCAAGGCCAUCACUGAGAUGCUCAAGGUUGUCGAGCCCUGGAUCGCCUACGGUUACCCCAACCUGAAGACCGUCAAGGAGCUCGUCUACAAGCGUGGUUACGGAAAGGUCAACAAGCAGCGCAUUGCUCUUACCGACAACUCCAUCGUUGAGGAGAACCUCGGCAAGUACGGCAUUGUCUGUGUUGAGGAUCUUAUCCACGAGAUCUACACCGUCGGCCCCAACUUCAAGCAGGCCUCCAACUUCCUCUGGCCCUUCAAGCUCUCCAACCCCACUGGUGGAUUCCGUCCCCGCAAGUUCAAGCACUUCAUCGAGGGUGGUGACCUUGGCAACCGCGAGGAGGCUAUCAACGCCCUCGUCCGCCAGAUGAACUAA